AGUGCACCUAAAUGCUCCCAACGUGAAACAUUUUGUUCGACAUUUGAUUAGUGGAGCCGUCAUUACUCUAUCGAUUUUCUCUGUUGACUUUUUACAUUACAACUGUAAAUCUGUGACAGUUUAUUUUCACACAUUUUCUUAGUGCGCUACUGGUCUAGUUAUUUCAUGACAGUUGGAAAGCCAAUCGUCAGAUAAGUAGAUAGUUUUGGCGAUUCGUGAAAAAUGAAAGAAAACUUUAUUCUCAUUCAAUGGGUUACUGUAUCAAAAUUUCUGAGUAGAUUAUAGUUUUGUAAACAACAGAAUAGGUACACAGGUAUGAAGGCUACCGGCUAGCAAUGAUAUCCAGAUUAAUAUUGGUUUGUGGCCUAAUUUCGGCCAUUGCAGUGCAUUUGACGUGGUCGGCCAGCGGUCCUGUCGUCCAGCAAUGCCCCACACAUGGCGAAAUAUCGCCUUGUGUGUGUACGGUAAAAAAGAACGGUGGUCUGGAUAUUCUGUGCGAAUUUACCGACUUACAACACAUUUCCAAGACAAUGGCAGUCCUUAAAGGCAAACCGUCUUUAGUAAUUUUCUAUCUAAAACUCCGUCACAAUAAUCUACCAAAACUGCAAGGAUUUGUGUUUCUGGGCAUGGAUAUAAGACACCUAACAAUUCACAACAGUACACUAGCUGUUGUAGAAGAGUCGUCAUUAAGUUCUAUAGGUAAAGCUCUUACUCAACUGGAUUUAUCUCAAAAUUCUCUCAGCAGUGUACCUACGCCGGCAUUGAAAAGCUUAGACCGUUUACUUAUAUUUAAUUUAAAUCACAACAAAAUUAGCGCUAUUCAUACAAAUGCAUUCGAGGGUAUGAGUACUUUAGAAAUAUUGACGUUGUAUGAAAAUCGUCUCACAAAUAUAGAACCAAAUGCAUUUGCUGGUACAGAAAAAAAACUUAAAAGAUUAAAUAUUGGAGGAAAUGAGUUAAAUAGAGUGCCGACAGACGCCUUACAAACAAUGGACAACUUAAAAAAACUGGAAAUGCAAGAAAACAAAAUUACUUCAAUAAACGAAGGAGAUUUUAUUGGUUUAAAAACAUUGGAUAUGCUAAUACUAGCACAUAACUUUAUCAAACAUAUACCAGCUAAAGUAUUCAGACACUUACCUUUAUUAAACUCCUUAGAGUUGGAUGGAAACCAAAUAUCACACAUCGACGAAGAAGCAUUCUACGGCUUAGAAGAAAACCUACAAUAUUUAAGAUUGGGUGAUAACAAUUUACAUAUGAUACCAAGUGAUUCUCUUCGACGCUUACAUAGACUUCGACAUCUGGACCUCAAAGCAAACAAUAUAUCAUUUAUAGCUGAUGAUGCAUUCACAGGCUUUGGUGAUUCUAUAACAUUUUUGAAUUUACAGAAAAACGACAUCAAAACAUUACCAACUAUGUCCUUUGAGAAUUUAAACUCCCUAGAAAUUCUAAAUCUUCAGAAUAAUAAGUUAACACACGUACCUGAAGAAACACUGGAGGCUAUUGUAGAUACUGCAACUGUAAUUGAUUUAAUGGAUAAUCCUUUGAUAUGUGAUUGUGACUUGCGAUGGUAUAAAGAUUGGUUGUUAGAGCUAAAACUAAGAGAUGACGAUGAAAUAAUACAAAAGAAGCACAUACUUUGUUACAUGGAAGCAGAACAUAGAGAAUAUAGCAUAACAAACAUGCCGCUAAAAGAAUGCGCUGGAAAAGAAAAUUCUUCUUCGAAGGGUUCUGGCAUGACUAUUGAAUCUUGCCGUAUUCUUAUUUUUAUCGUACUGGCUAUUCUUCGGUUGAAAUAAAAGUCAAUUAACUACAAUCACAGAACAUGAUCAAAAUCUAAAACUUUAUUAACAGUUCCAACCUUCAUACAAUAAUAUUGUAUAUAAAAAAAAGGUAAAUGUGUAGCUUUUCCUCACGCAUUGAAAAGAAUAUUUAUAAUUGCCUGUUUUAUUUGUUUUAUAUUUAUAAAAUUGUUAAAAACUAUUAUUCCUCGGAAAUGAUUAUUUAAAAUAUAAAAACAAGUUCUCUAAAAUUAAACAACAACUAUUUAAUACACUAUUCAAUAAAAUUUCAAAAUUAUUACAAAUUCUUAUCAGUUAUAAUUCCGUGUAUUGCUAAAUAAAGAAUUUUAGUAUAUAUUUAUCAAUUAUGAUAAACACCAAAUAAAAUUUGGAAAAACUAAAAAUAUUUAAACUCACUUUCAUAUAAGUACAUAAAUCAAAACAUGUAAAAAGAGAGGGUUGAAGUUCUAAAAUUCCUCUUAUUGUAAUUAUAAUAAUUUUAAGAAUUUAAUUUAAUUUUUAUCAUAUUAACCAUCAUCGAGUUACAAAAAUACAUAUUUAGAAUGAAAUCAAAAAAUUUUUUUUUACCCGACCAUUACAGCAGAGAAAAUUCAUUGGUUCGAAAAACUAAUAUUAAUAAUGUUAAUCCUUUAAUUUCUUGUUUAAAAUAAUAGCCUAUAAAUAAGAAUUGAUGAGGUUGAAAAUUUAGUUUAACAAACAUUUCCAGCCGCUUACUCUCUCACUUCAUUAAAAUAAUUCAAACAACUGCCCAGAAAAAUGACGAAAAUCGGUUGCUUAUUUCGUUGCUACAAUCAUUAUGUUAUUGAUAACUGGACGACAUGGAAUUAUUUUAUCGAAUACAUAUAUAUAUAUAUAUAUAUAUAUAUAUAUAUAUUAAUACAUAUCUAUCGGUUUCACAGUAUCUAUUUGCAUAAUACAUUAAUAUCUAGUAAAAUCUUCAUAUUGAAUUUUAAGUAAAUUAUACAAAAAUUAUUAUCUUCUUAAUGGUAGUGAAAAAAAAAACCAUUAAAAAGUGCCAGUUAUCGUACUUUUAGUAUAAUUUGUAUAAUUUUGUUUGGAAUAAGUUUCCUCCUAUAUCCUACAAAAUGAGAUUUUAAAUAGUUAUGAUUUUAAAUAUUCAUGAUAACUUGAAUAUUUAAAGAAAAAAUUGAUCUAAACUAUUAAUUAAAAUACAAUAUUCUAUUUAGAAAAAGUUAAUCUUCAAAGACUAAGAAUUUAAAAGUAUUUUUUCAGUAAAAAAACUAUUAAAAACAUGACAAUUUUUUAAAUACUUGUAAUUAUAAAGCCAUA